CCGCUUUCUUUCGUCGCAAUCGCAAAGAUACAACUUCCGCCCCUGCCGAGACGGCGGCGGAGAGAGACACAACCGAGCCGACCAAAGCGCCCGGGGAAACCCUAGGACGAGGAGAAGGGCGUGCGCGCAGCCAUGGCCAAGGGCCGCAACAAGAACAAGGCCAAGAAUGGCGCCGGCGCCGCCGCCAUGGACGCCUCCGAGGGCGCGCCCGCUGCGUCCACCGCAGCAGAAGCCCCACAACCGAUGGAUACGUCCGAGGGGAAGCAGCCGUCCUCUUCAUCGGCUGCCCUCAGUUCGAUCAACAGGAAAAUAAAAAAGGGCGUGCAACCUAAAAGGACAAAAAAUGUGAGGAAAAUGAAAGCAGUUGCCAGGGCCAUUUCUAAAACUGAGAAGUCCGAGGAGAAGGUCCUGAAAGCAAAAAGCAAGAAGUCAAGGAUUCAGUCUGCCAAGUCUUUGUAUGAUUAAAGUUUCAGUGGUUAGCAUAAUUUUGUGUACUAGUAUGUUUCCACCUGUAGAUCAACCAAAUCUAUGUGUUUCAAGAAAACCUGCUUUGCCUCUAAAGAUUAACACUACCUGCUUCUUUACAACUCUUAA